UUUAAACUGAUAGUAUUUCAUAAUCAAGAAGGUUUAUCUGUUCAGUUUAAAUAAUCUGUGUGUACAUUACGGUUUAGGAAGUUUUGAAUCACAUUGUUAAAAUCAAUAAUCAUGUUAAACUAGUGUGCAACCGAUCAUCCUCUCGCGGGUUUAUAUAACGAAAUUUGAUAUUCAGCAGAACAGAAAUGGAUAUGGAAACUUUUCCAGAUGUUGUUGAGCUGAACGUUGGUGGGAAAUUGAUGACAACAUUGCUAAGCACUCUAACAAAGGACCCGCAAAGCAUGUUAGCUGCAAUGUUUAGUGGGCGUCACGUGAUAAGUAAGGACAAAGAAGGUCGCUAUUUCAUCGAUUGCAAUGGACACCUCUUCGAAUAUGUCUUGAAUUACCUAAGGUUUGGAAGUUUACCUCCAAAAGAAGUUAUUUUGGACGUGCAUGACCUCGCGGUAUACUUUAACAUACAGUCACUUGUAGAAUCAUUAGAAAAAUUCCAUACAUUACAACAUCGAAAGCGGAUAGCAGAACUCAAGACUCAAAUUGAUAUUAAACAAUUUGAAAAGUUAAAACAACAAGCAAUUGAGAAGAUUUAUUCAUGCAGCGCAAGUCCAAACGAUUCCAAAACCUUGCAUAUCAUUCCUAAUUCAAACAUAUGCAUGCAUGGACGUGACAUGUUAAAUUGUACAGGAAGAUAUGGCGUUCCUGUUCGUAACAAGAUUAACAUAUAUUUGACAAAUGCCGGUUUCAUCACCAAAGAAUUGAAAACCUGUUUAGCACAUGAUUUAUCGGAGCUGGGGUUUGGAAUAUAUAAUUAUAUAAUUGACACGGCAUAUCCAUUGCGUCAUAUUUGCUGUAGCACUGAAUGUCAUCAUAUUGCACUUCUGCCCCACAAUCUUGUGACAGUAUUUGACGUAAACAACUCUGUUGCGUAAACUAUAUAUGUAAUGCAUAUGAUUCUGGGCGUUACAUUUCACGAUUUUUAAAGAAAACAACCUAUACCUAUACCUACCGUUGUUUUGCUUUUUUUUUGGAAAUGAGACACGACUUUGUAUUUAGUUGGUAAAGGAGUAUGACAGUGAA